UUGUGUAGAAAGGAAGGAAACACAGAGAGGGGACACUGAGAAGUAACAGUAUGAUUUUAUGUAAUACGUGUACAUAUUAGGCUCAACUUCUAGAAGCCGUUCUGGAUGCGAGGAUGAAGCACACUCUGCUCUGCAUGCUGGGAUUUUUCUGUAUCACAGCAACUCUGACGGCAGACAGAAAAUCGACAGUAGCAGAGGUUUCUAACAGCGUGUCAGUGAUUCUCCAUCCCAGCUGGCCUCGGAUCUACAGAGGAGAGACGGUCAUUUUGAGAUGUCAGAUCCAGGAAGCUGGAGGAGCUCAGUGGACGUACGAAUGGAAAACAACCAAUAGAAAGUCUCUAAUACUGUGUGAAUACAUGAACAUCUCGGCCACUGAGGCUCACAGUGGAGAAUACAGCUGCAGAGGAAAAGGAGAAGGCCUGACACCAUGGAGUAAUGCUAUUAAGCUAACUGUAUCACCCAAACCUCAGCCUGUCCUCUCUGUGUCUCCAUCAUGGCCGAAUCCUGGAGCCUCAGUGACUCUGAGCUGUGAGGGUUUGAAGCAUCAAUCAGAAGGAUGGAGGUUCUUCUGGUAUAAAACUGUUCCUGAUCCAUCCAGCUACUACAGCUAUGAGCUGCUUCCUGGCAGCACCAACGGGACCGAGCAGAACUCCUUCAUCAUUAAUGGACCGACUCACACAGCAGGAUUUGUGUGCAGAGCAGGAAGAGGAGAACCAAAGUUUUACACUUAUUACAGUGAACUAAAGUUUAUCUGGUCUGCAGAUCCUCGUCCAGCAGCUUCUCUCUCAGUGAAUCCUGACAGAGUUCAACACUUCAGAUCUGACUCUGUGUCUCUGAGCUGUGAGGGAAACUCUACUGAGUGGAGAGUGAUGAGGUUUAUAGAAAGAGAUCGACUGUUGUACUUUACCUGCUCUUCCUGGGGGACAAUGACUGGAUCUACAUGCACCAUUGACGUUUCCUGGAAUAAUGAUGGAGUGUUCUGGUGUGAGUCUCGAUCUGGAGAGACUAGCAACGCCGUCAACAUCACUGUACAGGAUGAUUAUGAUGGUGUUAUCCUGGUGAGCCCUGUUCAACCUGUGACUGAAGGAGAUCCUGUUACUCUGAGCUGCAGAGAUAAAAAACAGAAAUUUCUCUCCAAUGUGUUUUUCUAUCACAAUAAUAAACUCAUCAAUAAUGACAGCAGAGGGGAGCUGAAUAUCUCUGCAGUGUCAAAGUCAGAUGAAGGUUUCUACAAAUGUCAACAUUCAGGAAAAGAGUCACCAAGGAGCUGGAUGUCUGUUAGAGCUGUGUCCAGUCCUGCCAGCUCUUUACUUCUAGUGCUGCUGAUCAUUGGACCAGUUAGUGGAAUCGUUCUCAUCAUUCUCCUGCUCUUGUUGUGGCGCUGCAUCGGAUGGUUUCUGAGGCGCAGUCAGAGCUCCACCACCAGCCACGCGGCAAACGAAGCUGGAAGUCAGGUUUACAGCUCUCUGCUGCAGGGUGACACGCCUCUUUAUGAAAAAAUUGAAACUUGCAAAGCCACUGGAAAUGGAAGGCCUGCAGAGGAAGAUUGUGUGUACGUUAAUGUGAAUCCAGUGGUUUCCUGUGAAGGUAAAAACUAUCAACCAGAACAAAGGAAAGAACAACAGAAAAGGAAGGUGGCGUCCAGGCAGUAAUGGACGCUCCAGUUUUUUCUACAAUCAGGAGCAGCUGCCAUGCAGGCUUCAGGCUUGUUUGUUCUGCAACACUUAAAUUAACCAGAUUUAUAACAUGUGAAAAGUUAAAACAUAUUCAUCACUGGUUGUGAUGCUGAGUGUAGUUCUGCCAGUUUAAUGUGCUAAUGGUUUAUUGUUUUUAUGUUUACAGAAAUAACAUGGUGAGUUUCCUAAAGAAGUACUGUAGAUGUAGAUAAGCUAAAGAGCUACAACAGAAUCUUUGCAGGAGUCGAAUGAAAGUUACAAACUCUUUUUACCCAUUUGUAGAUUUUGCUGAAUUUGCCAUAAAUUCAAGACUGUAAGCUUUAGUGCUGUGCAAUUGUCUUCAGAGAUAACGUGUCAACGACUAUGUGUUGUAGUGUGUAAAACAUCACUGAGAAUGUUUAAAAAAUGUUUAUACCCCAAGAGACUGCAAUCAGAGGGGGGGGGAGUAACUGAGUUACAUUUACUCAGUUACUUUUACUUGAGUAAUGUUAUGAUGACAUAUUACUGCUCUUCGUUUAUCCUCAGAGAGCUACUUUAUUGAAUGAAGAGCAAAUUUGUUUUAACCAAAGACUCAUAUCCACAGUUUGUUGAAGUGAGAAGUCUUGUUUGUACACAAGCCGAAUCAUUUUAAUGUUAUUUCCUAUCUGCUGAGACUUUUAGGCCAUUUAAAGAUCAAUAAACCAUGUGCAUUAUCACCAUGUGUACCUUA